GCUUCAUCCGUUUCUCUGAGUCUUAGCAGUGUACUCUUUGCUCGGAGGACCGAAGGUGAAGAGAAAUGGCGAGUCUUGUGUGCUUCAAAACCCUCACGAGGUCCCUCCUACAUCACUGCGUCGAAGCUCCGAAACCCUACUCACUGUCACUGUCUCAGCUCCUGAAUUUGAGCGGAGGCGAUCAACACUUGCUGAGAUCCGUCAGGACGAUAACGUCGCAGUGUUUAACUUCCAGUCUACCAAAUUGGCAGUAUCAGAACCGCAGAACCCUAAUUUUGGAGUCGGCUACUGCCGCCUCUGAAUCAGUGAAGCUCAGUCGGCUCUCAGAUUCUGACUCUGGAAUAGUUGAAGUGUGCUUGGCCAGACCUGGGACUAAGAACGCCAUUGGGAAUGACAUGCUGAGAGGGCUACGGCACGCAUUAGGUGUUCUGAAGGAGGAUGCCUCUGCUAAUGUCUUGAUGAUCUGCAGCUCAGUUCCAAAGGUUUUCUGCGCAGGGGCCGAUCUGAAGGAAAGAAAGACAAUGACUGCGUCCGAGGUUCAUUCUUACGUGAAUUUGCUGCGCUCAACUUUCGGCUCUCUGGAGGAACUUUAUAUUCCUACCAUAGCGGUGAUUGAGGGAGCAGCAUUGGGAGGUGGACUUGAACUGGCUCUAUCAUGCGACCUUCGCAUAUGCGGAGAGGAUGCAAUUCUGGGCUUGCCAGAAACAGGACUUGCUAUUAUUCCUGGAGCAGGCGGCACACAGCGUCUUCCUCGGUUGGUGGGUAAGGCUGUAGCAAAGGAACUCAUAUUCACGGGUCAAAGGAUUAGUGGUAGAGACGCAAAGUCUAUCGGUCUCGUCAAUCACUGUGUCCCUGCUGGCGAAGCUCGUGUAAAGGCACUCGAAAUCGCUCGGGAAAUUAUUGAAAAGGGUCCAUUAGCGAUACAAAUGGCUAAAAGAGCAAUUAACAUGGGGAUCGAGGUGGAUAUGACAUUGGGAUUAGAACUUGAAGAAGAGUGCUAUGAGCGACUACUGGACACAAAAGAUCGACUCGAAGGGUUAGCGGCGUUCGCUGAGAAAAGGAAGCCCAGGUACAAAGGUGAAUAGGGAAUUCACAAUUCCAAAUCAAACCUGUUUGUUGUGAAUUAGGGUUCAAAUGCCCCAAAUUCUCGCCCCGACAUUCUUGCCCAUAUUGUUAAAAUAAUCUCCAUCCUGUGCGUAGCUCCAUGUAACUAAGAAUAAUCGGCUUCAAUGCAUCGAUCAAUUUGGUGGGAUGUGUAUCUUGUAUACAGUUAUUUCACUACAACAAGAUGGCGGAGGAAUCAAAUAGACUUGAGGAGCACAGAAGAAGAGUAUAUGGUCUGGAUUGUGGAA